UUAAUAGCGCGACAAGUCAUUAUAAUCCUAAUGACAAUAACAGUCAAGAUAGGUUAGAACCAGAUAAAGAAUUGAGUGGUGAAGAGGAAUCAAGUAAUGAAGAAUCAGAAAGUGAAGAGUCAGAAGACAAAGAAUCAGAAAGUGAAAAUGAAAUUGACGAUUCCACUUUUGCUGUUCAAGAUUUAACAGAUUUAGAAAAGAACGAUGUUGAUAAAUUAAUCAUAGAUCUAACAACAAAUCUGUCAGAUCCGACGAUCGAACUCCAGAUAAAUGAAUUCGACCAUACGAAUGAUUCUCAAAUCCUUACUGAAGAUGUUCUUGAUGAUGAAAAAAUCGGGAGCAUUGUGUUGGACGAACAACAGGAAUUCGAAGAGGGUGAUGCUAGUGACACUGACGAAGAAGCGCCCGAAAUUCCUAUUAUAGAAGGCUUAAAUGGACUAACAAAAUUCAUUAGUUUUGUUGAGCAACAAAAAU